AUGCAUUGCUUUUUUGCUGAGCUGGAGCCGUCUAUUCCCGUCACGGAACAAAACCUGGCAGACCGAGUUCGGUACAUCAUGCGCUCGAAAAUAUUCGAUGAUGCCGAGCUCGAACGACUACGACGUGAGGCCAUUCCCUCAUCGAAUGAAUUGGCUACGGCUGGGGAUGCGGCUUCUCAGGCGACAGACCAGCUGCCACGCGUAGAAGCCGCCAUGGAUCUUCCAGUUGUGGUUGAUUCAGAUGAUGAUGAAAUGGUCUCCCACGAACUAGAGCAAAUGAGGAGUAUAUUGGAAGAGGCAAUUUUGGAAACGCGCAGCAUGCCUCUCGAAAAUCGACCGCGACUUCCCCGCAUACCUCUAAGCAAGCGAAAUCGGGCUGUCGUGAGGGCUCUUAACCCAAUGCUGGUAACCUAUUUGGAAGCCAGCCGGGACCUUUGCGAGACGGACUCAGUUCUUUUUGGCGCCGCAGUGGCAGCUUGCCGUAUUAUUGGCGCCAGACUUCCCAUGGCUGGACGCGCUACUAAACAAAGUAGCGCCAUCCCAGCCUGGAGAAAAAGAAUUGAGGACCGUAUCGCAAAGGCAAGGGCCCUUAUCGGCAGACUGAUAAGCUUCAGGUCGGGUAAUAAUAGACCGAGGGUUGUGCGCACCGUUAGAAUGGCGUUUGCUGGGACAAAUAUCAGUUUAUCCCAGCCGGAUAUCACGCAGAAACUAACGGAGCGCAUAGACGACCUGAAGCAAAAGAUUGCUGCUUGGGGGAAGCGGAUUCGCCGAUUUACUGAGAGGUCAAGGCGGUUCAACCAGAAUCGUCUCUUCCAGAGUGAUCAGAAGAGGCUCUACAAAUCAUUGGAGCGACCAGAGGUAUGUGGAGCGGGCCCAGGACCGGACCAGGCUAACACUGUCGCAUUUUGGCGUGGCCUGUGGUCAGAGCCCGUAAACCACAGCGAGGGCCCUUGGACGGAAGUUGUGGCGAGUCAGUGUGCGAGGAUUACGCCCAUGGACCCCGUCAUCAUAACGCCGGAUGACGUAGCUGAGGCGGUCCGUAGAGCCCCGAACUGGAAAAGUCCGGGACUCGACGGACUGCAUCACUACUGGCUGAAGGGGUUCAUGGUGUGUCACGCUGUGCUCGCCCGUCAGUUUCAAGAGGCUCUCAACCAGAAGUCGCUCCCUAGCCUCUUCACUACUGGGAUCACUCAUUUGGUUCCUAAAGACCAGGUCAGGCAACCCAGCGAGAGGAUGGCGUUUGCUGGGACAAAUGUUAGUUUGUCCCAGCCGGAUAUAAUGCAAAAACUGACGGAGCGCAUAGACGACCUGAAGCAAAGAAUAGCUGCCUGGGGAAAGCGGAUUCGGCGAUAUACCGAGAGGUCGACACGGUUCAACCAGAAUCGUCUCUUCCAGAGUGAUCAGAAGAGGCUCUACAAAUCAUUGGAGCGACCAAAAGUAAGGGGAACGAGCCCAGCACCAAAUCAGGCUGACACGGUCGCAUUCUGGCGCAGCCUGUGGUCAGAGCCCGUAAACCACAACGAGGGCCCUUGGACGGAAGUUGUGGCGAGUCAGUGUGCGGGUAUUACGCCCAUGGACCCCGUCAUCAUAACGCCGGAUGACGUAGCUGAGGCGGUCCGUAGGGCCCCGAACUGGAAAAGUCCGGGGCUUGACGGGCUGCAUCACUACUGGCUGAAGGGGUUCAUGGUGUGUCACGCUGUGCUCGCCCGACAGUUUCAAGAGGCUCUCAACCAGAAGUCGCUCCCAAGCCUCUUCACUACUGGGAUCACUCAUUUGGUUCCUAAAGAUCAGGGUGCCACAGACCCGAGCAAAUACCGCCCCAUCACGUGUCUACCGACCUAA